UACAAUGAAGGGUUUGAAAUUAAAUUUGUAUAUGUAGUAAUAAUAAUUCUGGCAAUGGAUCUGGCGUCAAAUUUUACCAGUAAAACAUGACUCGCUCUAAUAAAUUUGUAUUAAUUUCAUUAUAUUUCAAAUUAGGGGUUGAAAUUAAAUUGAUAGCGCAUAAUUAACAAUGGCAAUUACUUGGGCUUCAAAUUUUACCCUCUAUAUUGCUCUUCAAUUUGUUUUUAUUGAAGUUAAUAGCUAAUUAAGGGUUGAAAUUGACAUUUUUCAUUUAAAUCAAAUACACCUUUGAUUCCCUAAAAAUUUUAGCCGAUAAUCACGGUAUGUACGCACUUGACAUUCAAUUAGUUUCGUUCAACUCACCCAGUUUCUGAAUCCACAUUAUAAAAUUUAUAAAUUAAUAUUAUUUGUUCGAUUUAAUUUGAAGAAAAAAAAUGUUCGUUCUGGUGCAGGCCUCUAAAGUGUUCGGUGAAACCGAUAAGCUGGGUGUCCGAUCAUAUGGCAAGUGCGGCAAGUGGCAACAGAGGGGCCGUGUAUAGUUGGUGGGUCGGUCGUCGUCAUUCGUCGGUCUCCGAGGCCGCCGCCGCAGUCAGUGAAGACGCGUCAGGCGAGUGGGUCGGUCGUCCUCAGCCGGCGGCGCCACGGACGGAUCUCUUCGUUCGCAGAGGCCAUUUUGAGAGAGAAUUAAGUGCUCUGCGUCUCUCCGUAGACGAAACGAAUCGGGACGGCGAUGGUCGGCGCGUCGCGGAGGCAGUGCUGCAGUUCGUCGCGACGCAGCAACAUGCCGCCUCCGGCGGCGGCGCCGCCCCCGCUGCUGCUGGAGGCGCCGCCUGCGGCCUUCCGCAGGUCGGAGCUGCGCUUCGCCAAGCAAAUCGGGAUGUGCUCUCUGGCCGGUUGCUGCGGCCUCCGUGGGGGCUGCUGCCCGGGGGCGCCCGCCGCCUCCGCGGCCGCCCCCGACUCCCUGCUGGACAUUUGCGCGCGGGUGGUGGCCGAGAACAUCCCGUUCCAGCGCAUCGAGGAGCGCUACGUGCGCAUCCCCGAGCCCGUGCAGCGGCGGAUCAUCUUCUGGUCCUUCCCCAGGGAUGAGAGUGACAUUUGCAUGUACUCAUCCCUGGCGCAGGUGCACGCCGCCUCCUCCGACAGCCACAACCAGGCCUUCUACAAGGGCCUCAAGCUGCUCGAGGCCAGAUGCGUGUCCAACGUCCUCCAAGUCGGCUUCCACCUGAGCGGCGAGGUCAACACUCCGAAGCCACCCAAUCCCCUAGCCCAAGCCUACUCCGGAGAACCAGAUCGCAAGUUCAAAGUGUCCGUUUCCUUCGACAGGUGCAAGAUCACAACGGUGACGUGCAGCUGUGACACCAGGGAUAUCUUCUGGUGCCAACACGUGGUCGCACUCUCCCUCUACCGCAUCCGCAACGCGGAAAGUGUCCGCCUCAGGGUGCCAAUUUCAGAAACCCUGCUGCAAAUGGACAGGCAGCAGCUCCAAAAGUUUGUGCAAUACCUGAUUUCCGAGCACCACACUGAAGUGCUUCCCACUGCCCAGAGGUUGGCAGACGAAAUUCUGCAGCAAAGAUCGGAAAUCAACCGCAUUCCAGGUGCCCCCGACCCCACAGCUGGAGCGAGCGCGGACGAUGAACACUCGUGGCACCUUGACGAGGAACAGGUCUGCGAGCAGGUCCGAUCCUACCUCUCGCAAGGCCAGUACUACAAUGCCAACAAGCAGCUCAAUUCCCUCUUCGCCAAGGUUCGGGAGAUGCUUCGCGCUGGCGACUCCAACGGCGCCCGCAUGCUGACCCUGAUCACGGAGCAGUUCCUGGCCGACCCGCGGCUGCCCAUGUGGCGGACGCAGGGGUCUGCGAUGAGCGAUAAGUGCCGGCAGCUGUGGGACCAGCUGGGCACGCUGUGGGUCUGCAUCAUGCUCAACCCGCACUCGACGCACUUUGAAAAGCAGCAGUGGCGCGAACUGCUGUCCAAGUGGGCCAUCAUGGACGCGUGUCCGCGCGAGGAUCUCGACUUCCGGAUGGUCGUGUCCGUUGGUAGGCAAGACGAGCCGCAGCACCGGAACUUUGACUCUUCCGACAGUAGCUCGGAAGACGACGCGCCCAUCUUCAACCCUAGAUCUCGGCAUCAUUCCUCCAGGAGCGCCGCCUCAGGCAGGUUCGGACACUCGGUGCCCAGGACCAUCUUCCAGAGAGCAAUUGACGCGGUUGGUUUGUCCUGGGACAGCAUCCACCUGAAACACCUGCUGUCCAGUGACACGUACUGCAGCCUGGUGCCGGACAGUUCUGUCCAUUCAGGAAUUUUCAAUGCUCAAGGGCAACCUCUCUGGCACGAACCACUGUCCGUUUCCUCUGCUCGAGUUGACGCCCUGCGGUCACACGGCCACCAAGAAGCCGCUCUUCGCCUGGCCGUGGCGGUGGUCCGGACGAUGAAACAGCAGCAACUGGUGGCGCAGCGCAAGUGGCACGACCUUCAGAGGCACCACCAGGGCCCGAGCACCUCGACGGCCACCACAUACCAUUCUUCUCCGCACAGCCGCCACUACGGCCGCAGCUCCAGCAGUCAGAGCGGCCAGAAGUGUGAAGAACUUUGGCAGGGCUACUCCCUCGACCCUGUCAUCACCCUGUUUGAAACCCUGGCUGAGGCGUCUCUCCCGCCUGACGCCCCUUCCAGAUCAACCGCCUUCUAUGAUCCAGCGGGAGGAGAGGAAGGUCCCAGCACAGGGGUUCCUCCGAGUUACCACCAUGUGCCAGUGGUGGGGUCGAGGGACCGUUCCGAGACGUACCUGAGCCUAGCGAUCGAGGUUGCUUUGAUAGGCCUAGGGCAGCAGCGCCUGAUGCCGAGCGGGCCGUAUGCCCAGGAGAAGGUGUGUAAGCAGGAGGAGCGACUGAUCGCAAGACUGCAGGAGGUGGAGUUGGACCACGCGCUGGUCGCCGUCCUCCGAAGACAAGCCAUUGUGCUGCUCGAGGGCGGACCCACCUCUGGCCUUGGACUUGGCAUCCCACCCGAGUCCGUGCCCAUGCACACAUUUGCCAGGUUCCUCUUCUUGGCCCUGCUCAACUACUACCCUGAUCUUGCCUACGAGGUUGGACUUCGAGCCAUGAGGCUACCAAUUUUGGAGGAAAGUGCUGGAGCAAAUCGAGGAGAGGAUGGCGCCGGAAACCACGUUUCAUCCCUUGCCAUUCGCUACCCCCGGUGGUUCACUCUGGGCCACAUAGAGACCCAACAGUGCGCGCUUGCCUCAACCAUGCUUUCAGCUGCCAAAGGAGAAGGUCUCCGCCUUCGGACAGUUCUGGAGUCUGCUCAAAGACACAUUCACAGUUCCUCCCAUCUUUUCUCGCUAGCUCAGGAUAUUUUUCGUGUAGCGACGCCAGAAGGCGGGCCUCGCCACGCAACCCUUCUGAGCGUCUCCUUUGAAUUGGGGUUGCAAGUGAUGCGCAUGACCUUGUCCUCCCUGAACUGGCGUCGCAGGGAGAUGGUGCGAUGGUUGGUGACUUGCGCCACCGAGGUUGGACUUGAGGCGCUCCUUUCCAUCAUGAGCAACUGGUAUCAGCUCUUCACCCCGACUGAAGCCACUGGUGCCGUUGCGACGACUAUCAUGUCCCACAGCACCAUGCUACGCCUCAGCCUUAACUUUGCUCAACAAGACGAACUGUCCGCCUGUGCCAGAACACUUGCCUUGCAGUGCGCUACAAAAGACCCUCCAAAUUGUGCCUUGAACGCACUGACUCUGUGUGAGAAUGACGGCAGGUCAUUUGAGGCGGCUUACCAGAUCGUGAUCGACGCCGCCUCCAACAUCAUGACCUCCUCCCAGCUUUUCACCAUUGCGCGCUACAUGGAGCACAGGGCCUACCCUCAGAGGGCCUACAAACUGGCAAUGCUGGCUAUGAAGAAUGUCCGACUUGGCUACAACAUGGAUUCGCAUCCAGCAAUAAAUGACAUCCAUUGGGCAUGCGCCCUUAGCCACUCGUUGGGCAAAUCCGAGCUGACCAACAUGGUGCCGCUGCUUGUGAAGAACGUGUUGUGCGCCACAGUGUUGUCGGACAUUCUGCGGCGGUGUUCAAUGACAGCGCCAGGGGGCGUGUCCGCGUGUUCGUCGCCGUCUGAUUUGGCAGGCGGGUCAACAGGCCUGGGCCUGUUGGGCAGCGGCGGUCACCACCACCACCAUCAUCACCACUCGAGUGGGCACCACUACCCGAGCAAGCGGCGGUGCCUGAAGCCUCUGAGCUACGACCGGCCGCCGCUCAAGCAGCUGCUGGACGCGGCCAUCUCGGCCUACAUCAACACCACCCACUCGCGGCUCACGCACAUCAGCCCGCGCCACUACGGCGACUUCAUCGAAUUCCUAGGCAAGGCGCGCGAGACCUUCUUCCUCGCGCACGACGGACACUCGCAGUUCGGACAACUGCUGGAGAACAUGAAGGUCGCCUACAAGGGCAAGAAGAAGCUCAUGUUCCUGGUGAAGGAACGCUUUGGCUAAACCGCAACCUCAUUCCACCUGAUAAUUAUACACUUCGGCUUGCAAAGUUCUGAUUGUUUGAGCAAUACACAAUUAGCUCUGAGCUAACAUAAAUGUAGAUAAGCUAUUUUCAAAGAUGAUCUUUGAGGGAGACUCUUGGGUUGAUUUCUCCUGUUUGUGAGAGGAGAAAUUUUGCAUUAGAGGUUUCGGAAGCUAUUGAUUUUUUUAUGUCUCUGUCUUUCAAAUUUAUAGUCUCUAAAGAAAAUUUUAUAUAAUCAUUGACCUUUUUCUGUCUGUAUUUCCGAAACUCUCGAUGCAAUCCAUUGGUGAGCUCUAAUUGGGAGAAAUGAUCAAAAUAAUUAUUUUGAAACGCAAAAGAAAACUGAUCUAUAUACAUAUGUAAAAAGGGAGGCCUUUUAGGUUUGAUCUCUGCUCUGCUCACCAAGUAAUAAGUUUUAUUGGGACAGUGGCACUACUAUACUCUUAUUUUGUGUGUUUGAGGAGACAGUUUUUUGACUUUAUAAUUUCCACUCCCUGGAUAAAGAAAAUAAUUUCUUUUAAAUACGAGCAAAAGUAGCACUACACAGUUAACCAAAUAGUGGGAGUUGCAUAGUUUAAGCAGAAAGAAUGAAGAAGUAAAAGUCUCAGGAUGUACAUACACAACAGACUCUUCACGUUGAUCUCUUAAAGCGACUUGUUUGCCCAACGAAUAAUUAUUUUUAUUGAUUACUUCGUUUGUUCGAUAUAACGAGCACUGGUUAUUUAUUUACUAUGUUAUUAAUUGUUCUUCUUCUGUCUAGCUAAUUUUAGAAGAAAAUCAAGAUCUGUAUCAUGUAAAAGUUCUGUUGAUUUUCGCGCCCUGCAAUAAUAUUAGAAAAAGUUUUAAUACCUCAUGCUACUGUAAAUUAGAGACGAUAGUGGAUUUGAAUCAUUUUGGUUCGGGUGUUGUUCUACUUCUAUGGUGUGGGCAUUUGAUUGUCUUCCACUUAAUUCAUUUUUAGAGAAACAUGCAGUGCCAACCGACUUUUAAUUGUGAAUCGAUAAUAACACACAAUGAUAUUAUAAUUUGAUGAAAAAAAAAAAUUAUCUCACCUUCUUCUCAUUAGUUGUUGUUUUUUCUCACUAAAGCCGCUAUGUGUUCGGGUCUUUUUUGUAUGAUUCAGCAGCUAUAGCACCAUCGAUAACAUCCUUUGCUUUUGUGCCAUAUUUGCCAUUGUACAAAGUGAAUGUUGUUUUGUAACGUUACAUGACUGUGUUCUGCGUGAGCGACUUGCAGACAGAUGCAUUUACACAUAUCAUACAAACUCACAGCUUUCCGAUCUCUUGAGAGAGACGAAAAAAAUGAUAACACCUCCAUCAGUUGGCACAUCCAUUGGAGGUGUUCAUAAUAAUUCUCAGCACUCAUUUUCUUUUUUCAUUUGUUCAUCAAAGUACGUGGUGUGAUUUACAUAACAUGGGAGAAGAAUAAGAAGAAGCUUAAAGCAAAAUAAAUAAUAAUGCUGCUAAUUGUAUAAAAAAAACUCUCGGUUAAAAAAAAAAAUUAAGAAUGGGUGCCGCCACACAUCAAAAAUAAAUAAAAGGGUCCUCAUUAUUUUUGCAUUAUAUUAGUAAUUGUUAGCAGGAGAUACACAUAGUUCUUCGGGCACUUUAUAAAAACAAAUGAAAAAGACCAGCUCACUCUUAUUAAAUAAAAAUUACAUUGUGUAAUAAUCAUGUACACGCUGUUCAUAUUUAUGCAAGAAUGCUGCGACUUGUUGUGUGAAAUUAUGCGCUGAUGUUUGAUUCUUUUUUAUCAAGUGAGAGAGAGAAGAGAGAAGUGAAGAUUUACAAAGUAAAACACGCAGCUGCUGUUUUAAAGAAGAGUAUAAUAUUAAUUGAAAUAUGUGGUGUUGUGAUAAGCUUUUGUAUUUAAAUGUAGCUUAAUCCGGCUUCAUUGUUUGUGUAUCUGCAUUAUGACAUAUAUAAUACAAUCUGAAGAAAGCAAGUUUCUUGAGUGCAUGUACAUGCGAUUAUAUAUAUGAGAAUGAUUCGUUCAUUUUGAAGGAAUUCUUUUGGUAUAUUAUAAUAAAAAUAGAAAUUUUCAACUUGA